GUGCCGGAAGGCGGGUUUGGUUCCGGGCCGCGCGGCGCCAUGGACUCGCUGUGGCGGCUGAAGCGGUUCGAUGCCUUCCCCAAGACCCUGGAGGACUUUCGGGUCAAGACGUGCGGGGGCGCGUUGGUGACGGUUGUCAGCGGGCUCAUCAUGGUGCUGCUUUUCUUCUCGGAGCUGCAGUACUACCUCACCAAGGAGGUUCAACCGGAAUUGUACGUUGACAAAUCAAGGGGAGAUAAACUGAAGAUCAAUCUCGAUGUUAUUUUUCCACAUAUGCCUUGUGCUUAUUUGAGCAUCGAUGCCAUGGACGUAGCAGGAGAGCAGCAGCUGGACGUAGAGCACAAUCUGUUUAAACAACGUUUGGAUAAAGCUGGCAAUCGUGUGACUCUGGAGGCCGAGAGACACGAGCUGGGGAAAGAAGAAGAAAAAGCGUUUGAUCCAAAUUCUUUGGAUGCGGAUCGCUGCGAGAGCUGUUACGGGGCAGAGUCAGAGGACAUUUGGUGUUGUAAUACUUGUGACGAUGUCAGAGAAGCAUACAGGCGGCGAGGCUGGGCCUUCAAGAACCCAGACAGCAUAGAGCAAUGCAAGAGGGAAGGGUUUAGCCAGAAAAUGCAAGAGCAGAAGAACGAGGGCUGCCAAGUGUAUGGUUUCCUAGAGGUCAACAAGGUAGCUGGAAAUUUCCACUUUGCACCAGGAAAAAGUUUCCAACAGUCUCAUGUACAUGUUCACGAUCUGCAGAGCUUCGGACUUGAUAAUAUCAAUAUGACACACUAUAUCAAGCAUCUUUCAUUUGGGAGGGAUUAUCCAGGCAUUGUGAACCCUCUGGAUGGGACGGACGUUGCUGCACAGCAAGCUUCCAUGAUGUUUCAGUAUUUUGUCAAAGUGGUCCCCACAGUGUAUAUGAAAGUAGAUGGUGAAGUGGUAAGGACUAACCAGUUUUCAGUUACACGACAUGAGAAGAUAGCCAAUGGGCUACUGGGAGACCAGGGUCUGCCUGGUGUAUUUGUGCUAUAUGAACUUUCGCCCAUGAUGGUGAAGCUGACAGAGAAACACAGGUCCUUUACACACUUUCUCACGGGAGUUUGUGCCAUUGUUGGAGGCAUAUUUACAGUUGCCGGAUUCAUUGACUCCUUGAUCUAUCACUCAGCACGUGCCAUCCAGAAGAAAAUUGAACUUGGGAAGACAACAUAAAUAAGCAAUGACCUCACCCCACAAAAAAAACUCUAAGUAGAACUAAACAGAUUUUUCAAAAUACAAGUGAUCUUCUGAGUGCACAAGAGAAGAGAUUCGGUAUUACCAGAUGGCCCUGACUGCUCUUAUGUUAGUGUCCCAUCGUUCUUUGGCGUUAAUUAGUGGAUGGAACUGCUUGAACCUUGCUGCUAUAAAGAUUAGCCAUCUUGUCUGGCUGUGCAGAUCCUACUGUAAAAACCCUUUUGUGUCAGUCCAUGUUCAUCCAGUUCUGCCCCCCUCCCCGAAAGAGAUGCUGGAGAUAACUGCAUUCUGUUUGCCUCCAGGAAUAAUGUACUGUAUUCUUGUGAGACCUGGAAUGGAUUGAUGUUGCCAUCAAAUAAGCUUUCUAGCAACACCAUCUAGCUUUUUUAAUUUUUCUUAAAAACGUUCUUGAGUGAGUGUGCUGAUGCUGUAUGCCAGACCUCUGUGAAAAUGUGCUGAAUCCCAUGUGCUUUCCUUCCAGCUGUCCUGGGCAACAUGGUGAGACCUAGCACUUCUGGGAUGUGCUUACUCUACUGUGGGGCAUUGCAGUUGCUCCAGAUGGUUCUUCUAACAAAAGAUGCAAGUUGAUGUUUCAGCAAAAAAAGUGUUUGGAGUUUUAAUUGAUUUUUAGAUUGGAUUGUGUUUUUCACUUCCCCUCUGUUUAUAUUUUGAAAUAAAGUCCAUCCUCUGUGUGUUUUGGUAAAGCA